AUGGCGUCCAGCAGUGGCACCAAAGGGCCUGUGCCGAGGAAGUCUCUGUCGAGGAAGAUCACAAGGCUGCCCACAAUGAUCGACGCCCCCGAGGAUGAUGUAGCUGGAGCGGACAGUGAAUUCAUCCCUUCUUCCCUCUCUUCCAUUGCUCCCAUCCUUCGUGUCGCCAAUGAACUGGAGGAGGAGUACCCGCGGAUCGCUUACUUCUGUAACUGCUCCGUGCUCUCAGUCUUGGCAUUCUAAUUAGAUUCGUCAAUCUUUUUGCUCUCGUAAAUGAAGACCCAACAAAGGUUUUAUUUACCUGACAGCCAAUAUCUGGUUGAAUCUACGUUAUGGAAAAGCUUUCAGACAAUGAAAACCAAACCCAUUUUGCAUAGUAGUUCCAGUUGAGUUUGUCAGGUUCACGUAUUCUUCAUAUCACAGUCGUUGUCUUAAUUAUCAGGUUGAUUCAGUGAAGGAUGCAAGUGUGUGGCAGGACAUCAUCACAGACUUCAUUUGAAUCAACUCAUGUCUCCAUCGUGUGUCGUCAUGUUGGUAGCUGAAAAUUGUUGAAAGGAGGGGGAGCCUGUAAAAAGAAAAUCAUUGAGAUCAGUUGAUCUCUAGAGUUCAACUGCCGCACUGCUUGUAUGCCGCUCAUAGUGCAGCGGAUUGGACACACUAGUGUUCCCUGGGUUUUCUUAAAAAUCUCUAGCAAAAGAUGAAAGGUGGAAACAGUUUGACAAAUGAAUCUGUGAUCCCUUUGGGGAAACAAUCAGCCUAAGGAUCCCUCUAGAUAGAGUUUUAAUUCUUCAAGCAGUGGUUCUGAUUGCUUGGCCUGACUUAGGCAUCUAGCUGCUUGACAUAGCGAUCAGCUGCGAGACUCUGAAGGAAAGAGGCGAUUUAGUGUGUCCCUUUAAAUCAAUAUUUUACAUUUCGACAUCCUUAUCUUAGCUUUUAGGUUAAUUAUGCUUUAAACUUCCUUAAAUUCACGGUUUCCUUGGGAAGAUUGGUUCUUGGAUUGGGGAUAUUGUUGCUACGAGAGCAAGGACGAUUAGAUCCUAACAAAAUCAUGCAGAAGUAGAGAAUUCUUAUCUUAUAGCUAUAAUUCUAUCUUCAUUGCUGUAUGUCUUACACAGAUCGUAGACAUGAUGACCAAUGGAAAAAGAUUGACUGGAUUUCUGUUGGUCUUGUUUGUUUUCUUGGCGUAGAUAAUGGCUAGUUUAUAGGGCAUAAACAAUGUAGCAAUACCCUUUUACUCUUCUUUGCUGUGAUUAACGGCAACAGGCCAGUUGGAGUAUUGGAACACGGGACAAUUUUUUUGGUAUUGAGUAAAUUCUCUUUUCGGUUUUUACUUUAAUGCGUUGUAUGUAAAUAUUUAAUAUACUAAUUUACGUUAUAAAAUUCACCUUUUUGCUGUGAUUAUUCUUUUUUUUGUGAUUAUUCUUCUAACUUAUUUUGCUGUGAUCUCAAAAACUUCUUCCUUGUGAUUUUUAGGCCGCUUUGCUGCAUUUGAGAGGAUUCACAACAUGGACAAAACCUCAAGUGGGCGUGGUGUUCGUCAAUUCAAAACCUAUCUCCUUCAUAAGUUAGAGAAGGUGCAAUUCUUACGUUUUACACUCUUGUCAAUUUAUGGAGUUUAGUUUAUACUUUGGCAUCCUUGAGUGUUUCAGAUAUAUAGUUACCGAAAGUUUUACUUCAAUAAUGUUUUCUCAUAAUCACUAGAUUUUCUAAUAGUCUUUGAUCUCGCAUAAUAUAUAUCAGAAAAAUUAACAACAUCUGGAUCCCCCGUUUUUGUGGUAUAAGAGAUUACUUUUCGGAAAGCUCUUAACUUUUUAAUUUUUUCAAGACAUCGCCUAAUUCCUUGUAUUCUCCAUUAACUGGUGAUAACUGAUCCGGAAGUAAUCAAAUAUGUUGAGUUCCCAAUUUUAUAUGGAUGUCCUUUUUUGUCAUUUAAGUCGUCGUCGCUGUCUGUCUAAAAUAGUUGAUAUCAGUGAUUUUGGUACAAAGCAUUCCUAUUUCUUGUGAUUCCAUUUUUUUGGAUUUUGAAAUAUGGAUUUAUUUUUAAAGGGAACCAAGGUAAUCAUCCAGCACUGAUGCCAUAUUGUAAUGUUUAGGUGAUCACAAUAGUCCUAUUUUAAUAUAUUAAGAAUUAAUUAACAAAAUGAAAUAUGUAUACUUGAUGAAUAAGAUAAAGCAGGUAUAUAAUUACAUGAUACUGAAAUUAAAAAAAGUAAAGUAUUCAUUUUGAAAUUCCCGUAAGGGUGAUAUUCUUGUUUUCUGUUUGGUAGUUCGUUGGUAUACUAUGAGUAUAUGUUUAUUAGAACUCGUUAUAAUGUCCUGUUUUUUGUGUCUGUAGCUUGUAACUAUGAGUUUGUUUUUGUGUCCUUAUAAAGAUGAACCCUAGAAUAUAUUUUUUAUUUACAUAUUGGGUUUCUAUUUGUAUCGCCAGAUAACCCUGGUCAAUUUGAACAGAAGUGGGCAUGCACAUUUUGAUAUUUUUGCCCAUUUUCCAUUCAAAAUCGUCUUCAUCUAUCACAGCUAGAUUAAAAUGAUAGGAAUCAGCUCGGGUUAUGUGACUAUGUAAUACAGUCAGAGCUGUACGCAAUUCAAGUUGAGCUAGGUUAUUUAUGGGCUAGGUUGACUUGUACUCAACCAGCCUUCGUCAUGGUCUGAAGUGGACCUGUUCUAGUGUACCAGCGUAUGACAAUCCCUUGCAGCCGAUAGAACAUUAUUUUUUGUGUCAGAUUUACAGUAUGUGUCUAAACUAAGUUUGCAUGUUAAAUCCGCUUAAUGUGUAUUAUGCUUUUGCUUCUUUGUAUGGGGAAAAUGGAUGACGAGUCUAUCAGUGAAUCAACUUUGGAUGAUUGUGAUGCAUUUAGUUUGAAGUCGUAGUCCAAGUUGGCAUCUUAACUCUUUACUCUUUUCCUGAAGAGAUUUAUAAUAGCGAUUAAUGUACUUUCAACUGUGGUUUAUAUCCAGAAAUCCUGUAUACAGAUCUGUCCUAUCGUGGAAUCAGUUAUGGUGAUAUUCUUCUGCUUUCUUUCAUCUGUGUAUGUGAGAAUUAUCCAUAUUCAUUUUUCUGUCUCAAUUUUUUUUAUAUCGGCAGGCUGAGGAAGAUAUGGGAAUGGUGGCAACGAAUAAUCUGCUGGAAGUAAUAAACUUUUAUCGAUACUACUAUAAGACGUUUAUCGAAGGACCUGUGAGAAGAAAACCGUAAGAUUUCGUUACUAAUACAUCGAAAAUAAUUUUCCGAUUCCUCUUUAAUUUGUUCUCGCUUCAUUUGUUUAUAAAAACAGUGAGAAGAUGGCAGCAGUAAGAUUUCGAUUGUGAUAGAAUUUCCUCUCUCUUUAUUUAUUUAUAAAAAUAGGGAGGAGAUGGCAAAACACUAUCAGGUUGCUACAAUAUUAUUUGAUAUUCUGAAAAGGUCCGGAGACGUUGAUACAGAGGUUUGAUUUUUUCAUCUUAUUUCAUGAAAGUUUUAUAAAUUAUCCAUUGGAGGGUUCCUUUCCAAGAUUUUCAAUGCACUUACAGAUAGAAGGCUAUGCUAGCAAAGUUGAGCGAAACAAAGUUCACUAUGCCCAGUAUAAUAUCCUUCCAAUUCGUUAUUCUGGCACUCCACCAGCAAUAAUGAAAAUUUCUGAAGUAAGGUUUAUAUUUCCAAUGGGUAUAUUUUUUUUAUUUUUUAUUGUUGAUUCUUUCUGUGUUCCACAACUUAGCUGACUUCCUUGUGUUUUAAUUUUUUGGAGUAAUAGAUUAAAGCUGCAGUGAAUGCCCUGUGUGAGACUGGCAACCUCCCUACGCCCAAGCUAACGACUAAAAAGCAAGAUGAAUCUGAAAACAGCUCGAUGCUCGCUGGGGAAAACAGAUCUAUUCAUGAUUUACUCGACUGGCUUGGGUUAACCUUUGGGUUUCAGGUGCUUUACCUUCCAUGUUUGCAUUACUCUGCAUUCAUAGUCUUCCAGUUACCAUGUUUUCUGUUUAUUGGAAGCAUGGGCUGCUUCAAGUCGUUUGAAAUAUUAACUCUUUUAUUGGUACCAGAAUGCCCUUACUGAAUAGUGUCUCUCUGUCCUUAAAUUUGAAUUGUAGAAAGGGAAUGUGGAAAACCAACGGGAGCACUUAAUUUUGCUUCUUGCAAAUGUUGAGAUGCGGAUGAAGCGCGAAAAAGAUGAUACCUUGGUAGAAUUUUUUUUAAUAUUUAUGCCACCUAACGCUUCGUUGAAAUAUAAAACUGAUAAUUUAGCUAUUGCUUGACAGAUGGAAAUUGAUCAUGUGAAGAGUUUAAUGGGAAAGGUAUUUAAAAAUUAUGAGACAUGGUGUGCAUAUUUACGUGAGAAUUCUAAUAUCAAGUAAGUUAAUCGCUGUUUAAAAUUGUUUCUUGGUGUUUGAAUGUGAUAAAAAAAAUCAUUUAUUCCUGCCAAGUUCUCAUUUAUAAUGCGGCUUGCAGGUAUCCUAAGAACCCCAAGAAUCGACAGUUUGAGCUUCUUUAUAUUGCACUGCAUUUUCUUAUCUGGGGUGAAGCCUCAAAUAUUAGGUUCAUGCCUGAAUGUCUUUGCUAUAUAUUUCAUAAAGUAAGUUCUUUUGCUUUAUUCUGGAGAGCAUUUGAAUCUUUUAUUGCUUUACUACUUUGUUGCAUUACUAAAGGAAAUAGACCUAUUAAGCUGGCCUGAAUGGUGUCAUGUGAAUGUUUUUGACAUUGCACUUGACGAUCGUUUUUUUUUUUUGGCUAUGAAACAUUUGUUUAUGUUGCCAUGUUUCGAUUAAAAGGUACUCAGAUGUUAUAGUUUUGGUAUAAUGCUCUUAAUCAGCGUAUUUCGUUCUUUUAUGACUAUUGAACCUUUAAUCCUGUGACUGUCAUUGUAAGAAUAAGACCAAAGGAUGCUCUUAAUCAUCCCUUGGUUUUAUUCUGUUUGAUCCUGGAAUAGUCAGCUGUGUGCUGGAAUAUCAUGUUCUCUUAGCAAACGUGACUUGCUCCAUAAAUGAAUUCCCGAAACAACAGAAAAAUGGCCUCUGCAGUUGACAGAUCCUAUGCUUCUAGUCAAACGUACAUCUUACCUUUAUUUUGAACGGGUGAGGUAUUUGAAUAAAACAAAUUGAAAUAACAUGGAUGGAUUUAUUCAUGCUCAAAAUCCUUUCCUGGAUUUUUCAGGUAAUCAAUUGUUCAACCUGUUUACUAAUUUUGGAGUAUAAGUAAUUGGCUCUGCGGAUGUUGCAAUAAGAUUAAGUUUUACUUUGAAAAUGACCUAAUGUUCUCAUUUUAGGAUGACAAAGAUUGACAUGCUUCCCGUCCUUCCCCAAAACUCCAAUUUGGUUACAUGAUGUUUGUUUUCAGUUUAUUUAUGAGACGAGAUCUCAUGAUAUGCCCUUCUUUCCUGUCUUUCUGCAACACUGAAUUGUCGUUGCUCAAUCUUAUUAAGAUGGCAGGAGAGCUAUAUAGCAUUUUAAAUCCGGAUGUGGGUAGAGAUACUGGAGAAAAAUAUAAUGUGCAGCGUGGAGAAGAGUGGUUUUUGAAAGAAGUCAUCACUCCAAUAUAUAAUGUCCUGCACAAGGUAAUGGCAAUUAUGCUCUUCCAUUGUUAAUUAUUUUUCUGUUUUUAUAAAUUCAUACACCAGUGUUGCUGUUCUUUUGUCGAAAAAGGAAUCACAAAGAAAUAAUCGUGGAACUGCCAGCCAUUCAAAGUGGAGAAACUAUGAUGAUUUAAACGAAUUAUUUUGGUCAGUGCCUCUUUAAUCUUUUAUAUCUCUUGCUAUGUUUCCAUAAAUCUCAUGCGCAACUAAUGUCCUGUUUCAGGUCCGAAGAAUGCUUAAAAUUGGAUUGGCCGUUGAAGCCCAAAGGAGACUUUUUUGCGAAAGCACGCAAUCGACAUUCUAAAAUGGAGGUUGGGUUUACAUCAUACUUUAUUUUUUCUUUAAUGUAACUGAAUUACUUUCAUUUGAUUAGCAAGGUACAUCUCUGUACUCUGUUCCAUUGGUUUCAACAAUUUUUUAAAAUAGUUUAUGCUUGGUUGAUAUUUCCAGAUCUUAAUUAUUUAUAUGUGAGGUCCAUCUAUUACUCCACACAUUGCGCAUAGAUUAACAAUAUUAUCAGAGGUUUCCAUUACAACUGGUUCCUAGCAUGUACCUCGGGAUGUUUCAAAUAUGGGUGAAUUUGUUGAAACUGGACACAUUUCGAAUCCCAAAGCCUAGACAUGUUUCAAUAUGAAUGAAUAUAUUCUGGUUGGUACCUUAGUUUUUUAUGAUCUGUGAAGUUUAAAUACAAAAUUGGAACACUUGAGGUCAUGUCAAGGAGGCAGUAAAGUAAUUUGUGGAAAACAAAAAAACAAUGCUCAUCAUUAACUUGAACAUUGCCCUUGAGGUUCUGUUAUAUGACAAUUAGUUUUUAUAAGAUAGCAGUUUUACGAAUUUAAGUUUUAUAGAUUAAUAAAUGAUGCCUUUGCUUUCCUCUCUCCAUUCGUCUCCAUCAGGCUGUUGUUUUCUCAGUCAUCACUUGUCUACUUUUUGUAACCAUGUGUUCCCUAAAAUUGAUGUAAGGUGGGCUCUCAUUUGUCACUAGACAGUUGUAAUGUGCUCCCUCACAUGGUUCCUUUUGAAAUGAAGCUGUGUGGUCUCUCAUUGUCUACUUAUGCGAUGAAUAUGGAGAAUUCCAUCCCCACCAGGCUGCAUCUGAUAGUUAUUUUACACACUUGAUGACUAGAUAUAGUACUGUCUACGUUUGUCCCAUCUUUGAUUCCUGGGCUUUCCUUAACCGGGAGAGAUUUCCUAUCUACGUCUUGUGAGACUUGAAUUAUAAUUUCUGGUUACUGUGGCCUAGUUAUAAAGUAAAAAUGAGAAGAAAGGAACUCCAAAGAUGAGAUGUUAAUUCUUUUUCCAUUUAUCUAAUUUUUAUUUUUAGUUUAUCAGUAACUCCAUGAAGUGUCGAAAUCUUUCUCCUGAGUCAAGUUUAACAAUAGACAUGCAUACGUUAAUAGUUUAUUGGAAUCUUAUUUCUUUUUUACGUGGAAAAUGACUGCAGGAUCAAGAUCGACUUGGUGGUGGUCGAAGGAAGCCCAAGACAAAUUUUGUUGAAAUCCGCACGUUUUGGCAUCUCUUCCGAAGUUUUGAUCGCAUGUGGAUAUUCUUUAUAUUGGCAUUGCAGGUGCUGUCCGCUUUGAUCUUGGACAGAUGUUUGCUGGUACAUUCAUGAAGAUUUGAAUAAUCCUAAUCCAGUUGUUCUUUUCUUAGGCCAUGGUGAUUGUUGCUUGGAGUCCCUCGGGAUCCCCUUCUGCCAUUUUCGAUGCAGAUGUAUUUAGAGGUGUUUUGAGUAUCUUUAUUACUGCUGCAUUACUCAAUUUUAUUCAAGGUAAUUUCUCCUCAAUUCUUUAGACGUCUAUUGGAAUGUUAAAUAAUGACGGAUCCUGCCCAUUUUAUUUAUUCAUGGUAGCGAGUGAAUGUAAAAUAUAGACAAAAAAAUAGUAAUGAACAACUAAAUGAGAAAACUAAAAUUCUUAAACUCACAAUGAGAUGGAAGAUCUUCAUCGAUCAGAUGUAGUUGCUAACAUGUGUAUGGUACAUAUUGUGUGUCUUCACUAUAAACAUGAACUUGGGAGUUUGUAGUUCUAAAUUUUUUCCAGUUUAAAUCUCACGGAAGAGGCAUAAAAGGCAAUAGUAUGGACGAAGCUCGAGGGUGGAAAUCGGAUUUCAUAUCACCUAGUGUAGAUUCUGUUGAGUUGGAUGAUGACUGAGGUACAGUACAACAAUGUUCUUGUUUGUGCUUUGAAAAAAUAGGUAAAUCUGUACAUUUGGAAAUGGAUAUGCCACUCCAGCUCAGCUAAGAGUCACAUGGGUCAAAUUUCUCUGGCUAAAGAUUAUUUUCAAAAUUCACGAUUUAUUUUAUUUUAUAGAUUUUGAAUUUUUAUGUUGUGUCUAGACCAUGCGUGUCAAUUUGAAUGGUAUUCCGUAAGUGAAUAAAAUGCUUGUAUAUCAAACUUAAAUUCUGUGAGUGUUUCAUUCUGGUGCCCUUCUUAAGCUUUCUUGCAUAGUCUACAAGUGUCCCAUUUGGCAUAAUUUAGUUUUCUCAGUCUUCUUGUGAAAGGAGCAGGCACCGAUGUUUGAUAGAUGGAAACCACUCAUCACAUUUUAUAGAUACAUUUAACUGGGGAGAUAGAAUGUUAGUCUAAUAUUCAUCCCGAAAGAAACAUGGAAACAUGUUUAUUUUCCAAUAACAUCAAAUUUCAAUGUGUUUUGAGGUAUGCUUUCAGAGUUCGGUCAAUGACCCCCAUGUGCUACCGGUGGUAACUCUUUCCUACACUUUCUUGAACAUUUCAGCUGCUCUUGAUAUAGUUCUUAGCUGGAAAGCAUGGGGCAACAUGCACUCUACUCAGAUCGUUAGAUAUCUCCUGAAGUUGGUAGUAGCAAUUGUGUGGCUGAUAAUACUACCAAUAGGCUAUUCAGGCUCCAUGAAGAAUCCGACGGGACUUGUCAAGUUCUUCAGCAAUUGGCUUGGCAAUUUGAGAAAUCAGACAUUUUUUAGUUUUGCUGUUGCAUUAUACCUCAUACCCAACAUAGUGUCAGCUUUGUUAUUCUUGCUUCCACGACUACAGCGAAAAAUGGAACUCUCUAAUUGGCGUAUUGUUAUUUUUUUCCUCUGGUGGUCUCGGGUAAGUAUUAACUUCUUUGAAUCAUUAAUUGAUUGGGUUAUUUUCACUUUUAAUUCAUUUGAUGAUAAUCUCUUUUACAGCCAAAAUUAUAUGUCGGAAGGGGCAUGCAUGAGGACACGGUUUCACUCAUAAGGUAAAUUAAUUAUGGCUUCAAUUUUCUACUAUUUUGGAGUUGAUAUUUCCAUUGAUCAAAAUAUUUACCUAAAAUGGAAAAACAGAUACACUCUCUUUUGGAUCCUAUUACUCAUCAGCAAACUUGCAUUCAGUUACUACGUUGAGGUAUUCUAUAUCUCUCCUGCAUGGAUUAUCGAUUUGUUCUCCUUUUAGCCAACAAGUGUCUAGAUCUACUGGACUAUCCACAAUUCCUUUUAUGUUUCUGCAAGUUAUGAAACUCUUGAAUUCAUCUAGUUUGAUGUUGUGCAAGUUAAUAUUGUCCACUUAAUACAAUAGAUCUUAUUGGUUGACUUAUACUAAGUAUUGCAUAUCCAAAACUAGACAUUCUAUCUUCAUGUGAUUAAUCUAUCUGUUUAGAAUGAAGUUGGUAUAUGCAUCAUGCUGAGAUUGCUAUGUGCCCUUAUCUUCAUUUUGUGUGGCGAUAACUGAUGGAUACAUCAUAUUUGAACGAUGAUGCUAUAGCUAUUUAUGGAAUUUUUAGUUUAUUUUCACCGUUAACAUUAUUUAUUUAUCACUAAUUGAAUUGUGAGAACUAACAAAAAUUCCGUCCCUAAUAUUUUUUUUUUAUCACAGAUUUCCCCUUUAAUUGAACCAACCAAGGUUAUCAUGAACAUGAGAAUCAGUAAUUAUGAGUGGCACGAAUUUUUCCCAAAUGGUAAUAAUUCAUUCAUUUUGAUAAAUUCAUGCGCUUUUGUGGUACUUAAUCAUUACUUUAAUGAUGCAGUGAAAUAUAACAUUGGUGUUGUCAUCUCAUUAUGGGCACCAAUCGUCCUGGUAAUGUAAUCUGGAGAAUGUUUUGUUUCUGUGUCUUCUUGAUCUGGCUAUUGGUUUGAACUCACUGUAGAUAUGUCACUAGGUAUAUUUCAUGGACGCACAAAUAUGGUAUGCCAUUUUUGCUACUCUAUAUGGCGGUAUACUCGGGGCUUUCAGCCGUCUCGGUGAGGUUAGUGCCAAUGAUUGUGACAUCGCAUCCAUUAUAUUAAGCAGAAUUUUAGUAGUAGAUAAAUUACGUAACUUCAGUCAUGGAUAUGCUAAUAUGGUGGUUUCUUGUCCUGAGUAUAUCCUUUUUCGUCUGUCUUGUCAUCAUCCUCUUAGAUGACAAAGGCUUAAUAUGCCACGACUCAUUAGUCCGUACAGAUAUGAAAGAGAGUGGAAACAAUUUUCGGUCACCCGUCCAUGCCAUGUCUGUAAUUCUGUUUUGUAUGCCAUAGAAAAUCUGAAGACUAAUUGACAGCUGGAGGGAGAAAGUUACCUUGUCUAGCAUCAUAUAGGCAAGAGGUAAUUUUUUUUUCCCAAAACUCAUCUAGGGUCUUGAAAACUAGCCCUCUUGAAGCCCUUUAAAGUUUUGAAUUUCAUUAACCAAUCAAGACCGAGGUACAUGAAUUUAGGUGUGAGAGACUUUAUACCUUAACCCUCUGAAGGCUGUAUAGUUCUCAUAGGUGAUUAAACAUUACUCAUAAUAAACUAAAUAUUUUGAAAAUCUAUUGCUUGUAUAUUAGAUACCAGUGUAUCACGUCAUGCAAGCAAUGACAAUAUUUGAGGGUCUUCUGUUCUUAAUAGGAAAUGAAAUGGUUUUUUUUCUUUCUACAUCUUUCCUAAACUUGAGACUGUGCAGAUUCGCACAUUGGGUAUGUUGAGGUCCAGAUUUGAAACAUUGCCGUCAGCUUUUUCUACAACUCUUGUGCCACUUACCCAGGGUCAAGACGAAAGUCAUCAACCGGUAAUACUCUUUCGUUGUUUACGUUUAUGAUAAGCUUCAAUGGCUAGUUUUACGGAGUGAAUUUUCUACAACAAAAUGAGCGUUGAGCAUUGUGUAUCUGAAAAUAUACUCAUCCAUCAUCAGCAUUUACACCGUCCUAAUUAAAAUUUGACGGCACUCUUCAGAAACAAUCAUUAGCAUUGCCAUAUUUGCACAAAUACAGGGACCAUAUUAUUAUUAGUAUACUUUUUUCCUUUAUGUCUGUCACAAACAAUGGUUACCGGCUUCUACCUGGUAGUCAUAUUGGUCUUCUUUGUAAAUCUUUGAUACCUGUCAUGAACUUCACCCGUGUUGAUUUCUAUCUCCGCCACAUACCUAAGAAUACAUAAUAUUUGCUCUCAUCUUGUUUCUCUAUACAGUUUUUAAGCUUUUCAUUUUAGCUACUCCCAACUUUAAGUAGAAAUUUUAUUGAUAGCUUAUCUCCAUUUCGCAUACCUUCAAUCUGAUAGUAAUAUUUUCAGUCAGUUAGUGAGAAAUCCAUUGGAUACCAAGAAAUUCCAAUUAUGUGGACUACCUUCUUACUAUAUUUCUCUCUAGUUUCUGAACAUCUUUAUCUCACAGUCAACAUAAAUAAUGUAGUAUCUCUAACCAGUUAUGGUCUCAAGGAAGAGCAUGCAUUACUUGUUACUAACUAUUCUUCAGUUGAUCUUCCCCUAACAUUUUUGGUUUUGAAUAACCAGGAUACAAUUUCUGGUCAAAGAAUUUUUGCAAUUUUUUCGCAAGUGUGGAAUGAAUUCAUUUAUUCGCUACGGACUGAGGACCUAAUCAGCAAUAAGUUGAGCUUGCUCCUAAAUGGCUGUAUUUUAGUAGUAACUAUCACUUGAUUUAAAUUUUUCUGAUUUUUCAUAUCAAUUUCAGGGAGAAGGAUCUAUUGCUUAUGUCGUAUACUUCAGAUGGCAUAAAUGUUUUCCAGUGGCCACCCUUUCUGCUCGCCAGCAAGGUACAUAUUAGUUAGCUUUGCAAUUUAUCUAGAUUCUUACUUUUUCACUGAUUCAGAACUGAAAAAUUGUUCUUGGCGGAUAUUUUCUUUGUCAACAGAUACCUGUAGCGCUUGGCAUUGCCAAGGAUAUUAAGAGAAAGGAUGAUGCAUAUCUGUUUAAGAAGAUAAAGAAUGAUGGAUACAUGUGGUCAGCAGUCAUAGAGUGCUAUCAAACAUUGAAAAUGAUACUUUUCAACCUUUUGGUUGAAGAAAAGGAUAAGGAGUAAUUAUGUUUUUGUUUCUGUCCUGUUUGAUUCCUGGGUUCCAUAAAUUUUUAAAAUUUAACAGUUUCUAAUUGCUUUGUAUCUGAUAUACCAGGGUUCUAGAACAUAUAUGUUCAGAGGUAAAAAAAAGCAUAAUUGAUAGAAGAUUUCUGAGGACCUUUCGUAUGAGUGAACUGCCACAGCUCAGUAAUAAACUAGAUAAAUUUUUAAACAUUCUGGUAAUACAGUAAUCUUUGGCCUUUCUGUUUCUGUAUAUCUAUUGUGUAUUUUAAGCUUGUAAUGUUUCUCAUCAUAUUUGCCCCAAUUCGUUUCUCAGAAAGGAAAUCAGGAAGAUGACUCUUAUAGAGCACAUAUAAUAAAUGUACUUCAGGAUAUCAUGGAGAUCAUCACACGGGAUAUCAUGAUGAAUGGAUAUGGGUAAGUCACGGUCUUGGAUAAUUUAUUAUAGUUCCUUUUCUUUUUUAGGUAUAUAGUCAAAGCUUACGGUCGAUGAUUACUAUGGUUUUUAUUUGUUUGAUUUUCGACAGCAUUGUUCAGAAUUCACCAGAAGAAAGAAAUCAGAAUUCACCAGAAGAAAGAAAUCAGAAUUUUACCAAUAUAAACUUGGAGUUUAUGAAACGUCCGUUAUGGAAAGGAAAGGUGAUAUGAUUUUUGUUUGUUAUUUUUUAAUUCUUUCUUAUAAUAUGAACUUUUUAUAUCAGGUUGUUAGACUUCAUUUGUUGAUAACUAUCAAGGAAUCUGCAAUUGAUGUGCCGAUAAACUUAGAUGCUCGUCGGCGCAUUACAUUCUUUGCAAAUUCGUUGUUUAUGAACAUGCCACGUGCUCCAGAAGUCUGCAACAUGCUCUCUUUCAGGUUUUUCUUGAGCACCUUAUUGUUCCUUUCCCAAAUGGCACUCGACAAUUGAUGCAUGAUUUUAUUAUUAGAAUAGACCAAAAAUUGAAAAGAAUUCAGGCGUAAAUAAGAAGAAAGAUAUUUUCAAUUGGAACGACGCAAAUAUUCUAUUAAAAAACGUUUGUGAAAAGAUAUGCUACUGUUGUACAUGUAUUAAAAUCUUCCUGAUAAAAUUUUUAUGUCUGAACUUUUCAAAUUCUUUAGUUACAUUUAGACUUUUGUCAAUUAUUUGAGUGCAGAUGUGCAUGCAUGUGAAGAAGGGCAGCAGGGAGGGAGAGGGAGAGGGAGAGGGAGAGGUAGGUUGGGAGGGAGGGUGAGAGAGAGAGGGGUAGAUAGAGAGAGCAUUGAUGGGAAUUCCACAUUCUCCUACCUCGACUGGUAGGACUAUAAGAAAUCGUUAACCUUGACUUUCUGUUUGUCUGAGUUGAGAAUAGCUACUGGGUGUUGCAGAGGGGGUGCUGAAAGGUGGUAGGGAAAGUGGAUAAAGAGAGCUCACUCCGUGCCAGGCUCUUUACUUCUAUUCUUCAUACCUACUCAAAAGUUUACCUUGUGUUGUCGGCGCCUUCAUUGUACACAUAAUCCGAGAGAGAUGUUGGGGGACCGGGGGGGGGGGGAGGUGGGGUUGUUAGAGGCUCAUUGUGCUACAAAGCAAAGGACCGUGUCUUAGUGUUUUGGUCUCUUAGCAAGGGAGGGGAAUGGGUUGUUUUAUUGGAGGCUUGGUUGGUUGACUGACCUUAUCUUAUUUUUAAACUAGUACCCAAAAUUUGACAUCUUUUAGUGCAAUGUGUGGGAUAGAGUAAAUGUGAACUAGUGGCUCAGAAGGUGGUAUCACUGGUCAGUAAGGAACAUUGUCAUGGAAUGCGACUAUAAAGGAAGGCAUGCUGUAGUCAUAUACUUUAAAUACGCUUGAAUGAAAAUCAUAUAAUUAAAUCAAUGAAUAAAAAUGUGCAAGAAUCGGUAAUUUUGUUCAGCUGUAAAUAAAUGUCUUUCGAAAUAUUCAUUGUUAUAAAUAUUUGUUAUCAAUUCAGUGCUAUAUCAGAUUGAUAGAUUACCAGAUCAUAGGACUAUUUUUAAGAUUUGAAUGCAAUAUUUUCUUCAGAUAACUUAAACAACAUGAAAGCGAUUCAUAAGUAUAGUAAAUUCUAACCAAAUUGCCUUGGAUAUAUCUGAAGCUCUAAUGGCAAUUGAUAGUGAAUUUACAAUAGACCCAGGAUAUUAUAUUGGCAGGUUUCAGAUGAUCUAAACAGUUUUAAAGUGUCCAGAAUAUAAUGUAAAGAAAGAUACUUCAUAAAUAUUAAAGAGCAUGAAACCAGUUAACAAAAUAUGUCUGCCAUGCGCUUGAAAUGGUAAAUUUCCAAUAGCUGGGUCAAAUAUUCUUGAUAUCAGUUGGUCUAAUAGUUUUGAUAAUAAUCCAGAGAACCAUAAGCGCUUUAGUGCUAGCAUUCUGCUUACAUGCCUCAAUUGCUGUUCAGUUCAAAAGUCAACAGCUCACCAAAAGUUGGCUGCUAUUUUGUCUGAAGAUGAGGGUUAAUAAUGGAUCUAUCUGUGACAUAUCUUGGUCAGAAUUGUCAACCAGGCUCACCUAAUGCGUUUAUUGUGCAACGUUCAAUUUCAGGUGGAAUGUGACGACCUUGGAUAGGUACAGGCAGAUUUUUUAGCAAAUCUAACUGCAAUCAAGAGAAGAAUAUGGAUGACUUAUGCCUAUGGAUCUUAUGUAGAGGGUAGGAAGAAUAAAUGACAGAGACUUAGUAGUUGGUUCAAUUAACUAAAUAUUUGGCAGCAGCCGGUCAAGAUUAUUGUCAUAUUCCUUGGAUGUUUGCCACAGGAAAUUUUCUGUUUGUCUGUCAGCAUAAUGCAUAUGUCACCAUAGCCAGCUUUCUUGAUAGGAGCUUGUUUUUUUUUUCUGUUUGUUCUUUUACGAGCUAAUAUUGGCUACCAUUUUCUCCUCGUCAGCGUUUUGACUCCAUAUUACAACGAGGAAGUCCUGUAUUCUGAGGAUGAUCUUAACUUGGCAAAUGAGGACGGGAUAACGGUUUUAUUUUAUCUUCAAAAAAUAUAUCCGGGUAAAAUAUAACUGUUUUAUUCAUUACUAUAUUAGAAUGGGGCCAAUAUAAAUGUUAAUGGGUCUCUGCUUGUCUUAUCUGUAGAUGAAUGGAAAAAUUUCUUAGAACGUAUAGAUGUGGAAGAUGGAGAUAUAGAGGCACUGAAGCAGAACAUGGAUAAGAUCCGCUACUGGGUAUCUUAUAGAGGACAGACGCUUAGCCGAACAGGUAAUCUGCAGGUUACUAGCUGGUUUGUAUUCUUGCCUUAUACUGCCUUCUGUAGUUCCCUAAUUGUUCUUUCUUUUUCUUCGACCAGUCAGGGGGAUGAUGUACUAUAGACAUGCGAUAAAGCUUCAAGGUUUCCUUGACAUGUUAGAUGACACAGGUUGCUUACUGUGCUUGUACUGUUUAGUUUACAUCUUCAUUAUUUUGUCAGUCAAUUUAUUGUUUUCGCCUGCUAUUGUAUUUUAACUCAAAAUUAGAGUUUUUAAUGGGCGGGUAUGCUUGGCAGCUGAGUUUUUGACGAGUGGGUCCAAUCCAAGAUCCAAUUCCAAAUUAUAAAUAACCUACCCUCCUCCCCCCCAAAAAGGUCUUGGUAAGUUAGUGCAAGAAUUGAGAUUUCUCCUUUGAUGUUUCUGCUCUUCAGGUGGUCUGAGGACUGGUGGAAUAGAGAAAUAUUAUCAUGAGGAAAAGACACACAUUCCACAGGUUGAAGCCUUGGCUGAUAUGAAGUUCACAUAUGUGGUUUCAUGUCAGGUUUAUGGCAUGCAAAAGAAAUCCACAGAUGGACGUGAUUAUAAUCGUUACCGUAACGUUCUUAACCUUAUGUUGACGUAAGUUUUAUGGAUUUUUUAUCUUGCUAUUAAAUUUUUAUUUUGGUAAUGUCUGUGAUAUUUAGUGCAAGAACCAAACCCUGAAACUCAUAGACGAUUGACAUUGGUGGUGUGUGGCCAUAGAUCUACGGCAUGUGAUGUAAUUUCCUCAUUCAACGUGGAGUUGUGCUGAAAAUUUGUGUGUUUUCUCUGAAACACAGAUAUCCAUCAUUACGUGUUGCUUACAUUGAUGAGCGAGAGGAGGCUACGAAUAAAGUCUACUAUUCGGUUCUUGUGAAAGGAGGUGAAAAGCUAGAUGAGGUACCAUGCCAAACGUUUAGAAGGCUUAUGUUUUUCUUUUCCUUGUUAUAUUUACUGUAACAAAUGAUUAUAUAUUAGGGACCAAUAUAACGUAGGAUAUGAUUAUAAUUACAGUACGCCUAUAUUUGAAAGGGAAUUGAGAAAACCCUUGAACCAGGUUUAGAUGGCGAUUCAGGAAACCAUGCUUCAAAGUCCUCUAAAAAUCAUUUCAAAUUGACAAAGCUUUUUUAUGAGGAUUAUAAAUUUUCAAAAGAACUGAACUUUUUUGGAAUACUAUCCAGUGUUCCGAAAAGAUGUGUACUGUAGAGCUUGUGGGUUUUCGUUUUUAUGGUUGUUACCAUUCUAUCCCUUCAAGUGAUAAGUUGAACAUACCAUAUUUUUCGUUUAUUUUCAUUAAUAUUUCAUUAAUUUUUGCUUCUUAUUUUUGUUAUUAUUUUAGUUCUAUAUUCUCCUAAAUUCUCAUUCUAGCUAUGUUUUUUUCUACAAGUAAUAUAGUGUCUUUUGCAACUUUCCUAUGCUUAUAGAACUUAUUUUCAUGAAUGCCAUCACAUGUUGGAAGAGCAUUCAUCUCAAAUUUUGAAAUGUUUCUGUUUAGCAUUUUUAUUAAAUCUUUGAGUGGUGUCUGUCUUCUUGUUGUAGGAUGCCUAAUGAAUAUAGUAAGAAAUAUUUUAUCAGAAUUCCUUUUACAUGUGUUGUUAUUUCCUCAAAAACUUAUAUUCUAGUAAUUUCAAGUAUUUAUUUUGAUCUACUCUCCUUAUUUACGAUGCCUAUUUUUUUGUGCUGUUAGGAAAUCUAUCGCAUCAAACUCCCUGGUCGUCCAAAUGAUAUAGGCGAAGGAAAGCCUGAGAAUCAGAAUCAUGCGAUUAUUUUCACCCGUGGCGAAGCACUUCAAACUAUCGACAUGAAUCAGGUAUCUUAUAUGAAAUGCAUCGUUGCAGUUAUUCCAAAGAGGUUUGGAUUUAUGUUUUAAUGACUAUGAACAGGAUAAUUACCUGGAGGAAGCUUUUAAAAUGAGAAAUGUUUUGGAGGAGCUUACAAAAUCCCGUCGUAGACAACAUAAACCAACAAUAUUAGGGCUUCGUGAGCAUAUUUUCACUGGAAGGUUGUACGUAAGCUAGAGUUUAUGCUUAUUUUCGUAGAUUUCAGUCAUGUUAUUACCUCCCCUUCUCGCUGAACUUACUGACUGUCAGUGUGUAGCAUCUAAAUAUUUUUUCCCUCCUCUACCAGUGUUUCUUCUCUUGCUUGGUUCAUGUCCAACCAAGAGACUAGUUUUGUGACUAUUGGGCAACGAAUUCUGGCAAACCCUCUCAAGUAAGCAGAUCUCUUCCUUCCUUUUCCUCUGUGAUAGUCACAUUCUUCGUUCUUUCUGCCUUUUAAUCAUUUCUGGUGUCUUUGCCAGCAUGAAUCAUUUUUCAUUAGCUGAUAAACAUUAUAAAUGUGAAGAAAAUCUUCAUAUUCAUUUGGAUUUGUGUUGUGCGCAUUGACAGCUUCAUGAUUUCUGUUAUCAUUUUACAAACUGCCCAUGGCCGUUGAGUAGCUCUGAAGAUGGUCCAAGGGACUUUUCAUUUGGGUUACCAGGAUGCACUAAGCAAAAUUCUGAGUACUCUAUUUUCUUGAUUGAAUUCCUCUUGGUCAACCUUGCCACGUGUAUGUCUUGUCUAUUGCUUUUGGUUGGUCAAUAAUAUCAUUAUUUACCGCUCCUACUUCUAACCUUUUUCCUUUUUUUUGUGUUCAUUUUAAAAAAUCGUCUCAUCUCAUGCUUAUUUCAAAUAUAGUCUUCCCUUGUUUAUUUCUAUGUUCAAAGGAUUAAUGUCAUGACGAAUUUCCUGAAAAUUCAACAUUAGUGUGAUGAUAUAUGUUUACCAGUCAGUUUAAUUUAUGAUUUUAAAGGCAUGAUCCCAACCCAUCAAGUAUUGCUGUUAGAGACCUGAUUAUCUUGUAGCUCUAUUCGAUGUUGGAUGAUCUGGCUUUAUCUUAGCGUAGAAAUUACCAUUCAGUUCAAUCUUUAUGCAUGAAAGAGUUACCUUUCCUUAUCUGUCUUUUAAACUCUCGGUCAAUUUGUUACCUUCUUUCAGAUUUUUAUCCUUUUGUCUCUGACGAGGUCAUUUUCUGCUGGGCUGUCUUUAAGCCGACAACCAUGUUCUAAAUUUCUUCCCAUUUCCUGUCUGGGUUUUAAUAUAUAUAUAUAUAUAUAUAUACAUAUAUAUGUUUUGGCGUAUUUCUAUGUUGAUUAUUUUCAAAAGAAAAGGUAGGUUGAUCGGACGGCUGAAAAACUGGUUGACUUUCAGGGUUCGUUUCCACUAUGGGCAUCCUGAUAUAUUUGAUCGAAUAUUUCACAUUACAAGAGGCGGCAUCAGUAAAGCAUCCAAAACCAUCAAUCUAAGCGAGGACAUAUUUUCAGGUAUUAUUUUAUUGAUAGAUUAUUUUCGGGUAUUAUUCUAUGGUUGACGAUCUCUGCUUGCAGGGUACAACUCAACUCUACGUGGAGGAAAUGUCACUCACCAUGAAUAUAUUCAAGUUGGAAAAGGGCGUGAUGUGGGAUUGAACCAGAUUUCAUCUUUUGAAGCGAAGGUUGCUAAUGGCAAUGGAGAGCAGACGAUCAGCCGAGAUGUCUAUCGUCUGGGACACCGGUUCGACUUCUAUAGAAUGCUGUCAUUCUACUUCACCACCGUCGGGUUCUACUUCAGCAGCAUGGUAUGAAAGAUCGGAUCUUCUGUUCGUUUCAAUUCUUUCUCUCUACUUGGCUCUUGCGUCUGGUGUUGAUUAAAUGCGUGGAACAAAAGACCGUGGAUUUCUCUGGUUAUACCCGAGUUGGUUUUCUCUCUGUAGAUUCAAUGCCCAUUGUUUUGCUUCCAGGUGACAGUCCUCACCGUAUACACAUUCUUAUAUGGGCGAUUAUACAUGGUGAUGAGCGGCCUGGAAAGGGCCAUCUUGGACGAUCCGGUCAUCCAGCAGAAUAGAUCUCUCGAAGCUGCACUGGCCUCCCAAUCCGUCUUCCAACUCGGGCUGCUCCUUGUCCUGCCGAUGGUGAUGGAGAUCGGCCUGGAGAAGGGCUUCCGCACCGCUCUCGGCAAAUUCAUAAUCAUGCAGCUGCAACUGGCCUCCGUGUUCUUCACCUUCCAGCUCGGCACCAAAGCCCACUACUAUGGGAGGACGAUCCUCCACGGUGGCGCCAAGUACAGAGCCACGGGGCGAGGCUUUGUGGUGUUCCACGCCAAGUUCGCCGACAACUACCGCAUGUACUCCCGCAGCCACUUUGUCAAGGGUCUGGAGCUGGUCAUCCUCCUGGUGGUCUACCUGGUCUACGGCACGGGGCACAGUUCGGGCAUCUACCUCUUUGUGACCUUCUCCAUGUGGUUUCUGGUGGCCUCCUGGCUUUUUGCCCCCUUCGUGUUCAAUCCUUCGGGCUUCGAGUGGCAGAAGACCGUCGAUGACUGGACAGACUGGAACAGGUGGGUCGGUAACCUUGGCGGCAUUGGGAUCGCCCCCGAGAGGAGCUGGGAAUCAUGGUGGGACAUGGAGCAGGACCACCUGAGGUGCACCGGCAUCCGGGGAAGGGUGCUGGAGAUCCUCCUUGCUCUUAGAUUCCUGCUCUACCAGUAUGGGAUUGUGUACCACCUGAACAUAGCCCAUCACAGCAAAAGUGUUGUGGUCUGUCUCAAAAAUACUUCCUUUUCUGUUUUUCUUUCUGGGUAUUUCCUCUGUUGCACCGGUACCUGAGACUGCUUGCCAUCCUGCAGGUUUAUGGGUUGUCGUGGCUGGUGAUGGUGAUUGUUCUUCUCGUUCUGAAGGUAUGAUUGGCCAUCCUUAUUUUGAAUAUAUACAUGUUCCCCCAUGAUAUAUUUGAUGCAAAAUCCUAUCUUUCUCCUACCCACGUAAUGAUAACAUGACGAUAUACGAGUUUUACAUGUUACUUUUUAAGGAAAAAAAUACCCACGCCCAAAAAUGGAAACGAUCUUUGGGGAUGUAUCCCGCUAGAUUAUCUCCAUUAAUUCAUCAGACGCAAUCAGUGUCUAAUCUGUCUUGUGCCCAUGUGAGUGCGAUUUGUGGCUGCAUCGAUUUGACAAAAUAUGAGCAAAGAGAGUAUGAUUUUUACUGAUUCUAGUUUUUAGAAAAACAACAGCCUCACCCUAAACGGGUUCCUCAUAACCCAUUAAUGGAAAGUAGUAAGAACUGCCCAAGGAGAUUCUUUUUCCUUUUACACCUACUGCCCACGGAAAUAUGGAAGAAGACUCUGAAUCUGCCUAUUAAUUUCUCCAGCAAUUUUUUUUUUGGUGGCAUGCUUAAGUUUUUCUUCCUUGUGUACAGUAAUGCAAAGUAGUAAGAACUGCCAGAGGAGAUUCUUCUUCCUUUUUCACUAGUAUGGGAAAAAAAGUCUGAAUCUGCAUUCGGUUCCUCUUCAGAUGGUCUCCAUGGGGCGGCGGAAAUUCGGGAUAGACUUCCAGCUCAUGUUCCGGAUCCUCAAGGGCCUCCUCUUCCUCGGCUUCCUCUCCGUCAUGGCUGUCCUCUUCGUCGUCUGCGGCCUCACAAUCUCUGACCUCUUUGCCGGCAUCCUUGGCUUCAUGCCCACCGGCUGGGCGAUACUGCUGGUGAGCUCUGAAUCCAUCCCCAUCAUAAUUCACGCCCAGAGAAGUCGGUUCACUGAGAAAAGCUUUCCUGCUGCUGCCAACGGAAGAUCGGGCAAGUUUGCAGGCCGUUCUUGAUGAAGGUGGGCUUCUGGGAGUCAAUCAAGGAGCUUGCCCGCACAUACGAAUACGUGAUGGGGCUGAUUAUCUUCACGCCGAUCGCCAUCCUGUCGUGGUUCCCCUUCGUCUCCGAGUUCCAGUCCCGCCUUCUCUUCAAUCAGGCCUUCAGCAGGGGCCUCCAGAUCUCCAUGAUCCUCACUGGGCGGAAGGACGGCCCAAUGACUCAACUCCGCUCCCACCCACCAGACUCCUCUACCAAGCAGAGUCAGCCUUAG